UCUGUUUCCUAAUUGGGCUAAGCUCCCCAAAAUUCUGUUUCCUAAUUAUGCACAGAUUUCGUAUAUGUAUAUGCAUAAGUUUCGCCGGCAGGAUCCACAUAAAGAUUUGAUUUUUGUUUCAAUCCCUACCCUUUUUCCCUAAUUUUUCGAUCCUUUUUUGAUUCCCUAUUUUUUCACACACAAAACACACACUUUACGGUUUUAGGGCGAGCUGAUUUUGCACAACGAUGGUUCAUACUCACUUCGUUUGGUCUCAGGGAGGCAAUCAAGUGUUCUUAUGUGGUGAUUUCACUGGGUGGAUCAAGUAUCAGCAGAUGGUUACUGUUGAAGGUUCGUCUACGACUUUUAUGACGAUUUGCGAUCUAGCUCCAGGUYUACACAAGUUCAAAUUCUUGGUUGAUGGUGUGUGGAGGGUCAAUGAUCGACAGCCGAUUGCUGAAGAUGAGUACGGUGUUAGUAAUGUUAUUCUUGUGGAACAACCGGUUAUUAUGCCUCAAACAUUGCUCGUUGAAGAUGGUUUGCCGGUUAUGGAGAUUGAUGGUUAUGAUGAUAGAAAUCAUGCUGAUGGUGCUUCAACAUCAGGUAGUGUUCCUAAUGAACCACAACUGGUGUUAACCGAUGAUGACAUAGGGACUACCCAUCGUCGCUUGUUUAAGCAUCUAUCUUCUUACAAAGCAUUUGAGUUGAUUCCCGAUUCAGGAAAGGUCUUCGCAUUGGAUGCUAAUAUGACUGUAGAAGAGGCUUUUCUUGUUAUGCAUGAAGAGGGACUUGCUGUUGCCCCCCUUUGGGAUGCAGCCAAUCUACAGAUUUCGGGGAUGUUAACGGCAUCCGAUUUCAUCAUGAUCCUAAUGGAGCUCCAGAGGAAUCGCACAAUGGCCACUAACAACAUACACCAAUUGUCUACAAUAUCGGCAUGGAAAGAAGGAAAGCUUCAACUCCAAAGAAGACCUUUAAUCCAAGUUGAUCCCGAUGAGUCCCUCAAUAACGUCGUGGUUAGGAUCUUGCAAAAUCACAUAUCCGCGAUUCCCGUCCUGUAUGUKGCUCAAGGUUCGACUUGCCCACAAUUGCUUCACGUUGCAUGCCUUGGCGGACUCUUACAACAUAUACGCAAACAUUUUGAACACCGAACCGCAUAUCUGCCUCUUCUACAACAAUCAAUUGGUGGUCUUCCCCUUGGUACUUGGAUUAGAGARAUUGGGGGUGCACGAGAGUUAAAAACAUGUCCCCCGAAUUAUCUUCUUAGCGAUGCUUAUAGAUUGUUACUAGAUGAACAUAUAAGCUCGGUGCCMAUCGUGGAUGAUAAGGGGACCCUUCUUAAUCUUUUCUCCCGAAGUGAUGUCAUAUCGUUAGCAAAGGGUAAUGCAUAUGUUYGUGUUCAACUUGAUCAGACAACAAUAUCUCAAGCACUGCAGCUUGUAGAUACAGACGCUAAUGGUCGGUACGGCAUAUGCACACGCUCGGAUUCUUUAUUUCGAGUCAUCAGUCUUUUUUCAGAUCAAGGGCUACGGCGGGUCUUGGUUGUCGAAGCGGGUACCCGAUAUGUAUUAGGUUUAAUUACACUAAGAGACAUAUUUAAUCUUAUAUUUAGGGAUUUUUCUUAAAUUUCCAAUUUGAAUAGGAAAUUGAUGUGUAGAGAAAUAUGGGAUGAUGCAAAUGCAGAGUAUAAAAUUUGAUCCCAUAUGAUUAUUUAUUGCAAAUGUAGUUGUAUUGUUCAAUGAAUGGUUGAUUGAAUUCAUGAAACAAA